AUGGUUUUGCUUUUCGUACCGAGUAAUUCGUUUACAGCCGGUAUUGCACAGAAAUAUCACGUUACUAAAUAUCCAACUUUGAAGUUGUUCAGAAAUGGCGAACUUGUCAAAAAAGAAUACAGGGGUCAACGAUCAGUCGAGGCGUUAAAAGAGUAUAUGCAAUCACAACUUAAAAGUAAUAUUAAUACACUUGCAUCGGAAAGCGAGUUAUCGUCAAGUAUCAAAAACGAUGACAGAAAUGUGGUAGCUUAUUUUGCCGCGGAAUCAGGACCCGAGUAUGAAAACUACAAAAAAGUUGCUUCGUUACUUCGUGAUGACUGCUCUUUUUGGAUUGGAAUUGGGAAAAAUUUUGAUGCACAAAUGCAAGGCUCUGAUAGAUUGUUUUUCUAUCCUGCGAAUGCUGGUGAACGUUUAGAAUAUACUGGCGGUUUGGCCAAUUACGAUUUUUUGAAGCAAUGGCUAACGGAUAAAUGUGUUCCUUUGGUGCGUGAAUUAACUUUCGAGAACGCUGAAGAGAUGACUGAAGAGGGUUUACCAUUUUUGGUGCUGUUCAGAUCUCCAAAUGAUAAGAAUAUUGCAAGCGUUUUCACUGAACAAGUAAUACGUGAAUUAUCCGAUCAAAAAUCAUUGAUCAACUGUUUGAUAGCUGAUGGUAAGAAGUUCGCACACCCAUUGCAUCAUCUUGGUAAAGCAGAAAAGGAUCUUCCUGUGUUGGCCAUUGAUUCAUUCCGUCAUAUGUAUCUUUUCCCAGAUAUUAAACAAUUAACUGUGCCAGGUAAGCUACGACAGUUCGUGUUGGAUUUGCAUUCUGGAAAAUUGCAUCGUGAAUUCCAUCACGGACCGGAUCCCACCGAAGGGACUGCCGCUUCGGAAACUGAGAAGCAACAGGGAGAUGCGGACCUGACACAGCCUCCUCCAAGUAUCUUCAAAAAGUUGAAACCAUCUGAUACUCGAUAUUCUAUUCUUACUAAAGAUGAACUUUAA